UUAUCACUUAUGUUACCCUUGACGUAAUAAUUGAAUUAUUUCCCAGCAUUAUCAUCUCCGUUCUCUCACUAUUGCUGUCGCGAUUAUUGUUUUUAUUAUUAUUGUCAAAAUAAACGAAUGAUCGUCAUAUGGCAGUAUGUUAUGUUCCUCUAUGGUGUACGAUGAUUCCGUAUUUGUUAGCUUAUUUUGUGCUUAUUUCUAUUUUCAUGACAUCCCAGAUGUGUGUGUUUUUGCUUUAGAUAAAAUGUAUUCAAUUGAUAUCAUGUGUGUUACAAAUAAUGCAGUGAUUGCGAAAUCAACGAUAGGCAACGUAACUAGCGCACUCAAAUAAUUAAGUUGGAAUUAAGCUACCAUAUAAGGAUUAAAUUAUUUUUAAAAUCAGAAGGAUGUAAAUAAUAAUACAAAAAAAAAAUACUUUAAAAAAAAUCAUAGAAAAGAUAAACCCCUUUGUAUCCGUACCUGUUCUUAUCAUCAUAACAACGAGUGCAUUCUUACGAUAACUUCUGCGUUUGAGACGAGAGUGAAAAUGAGCUCCAGACAUUUCCUAUAACAUUGGCAGGCGAUUUCUCCAACUCUUCAUUUCCCCCCGUUAGUAUUCCGUCACAAGAUCCGGAGGGCGAAGGCUUGGACGUGCGAGCAACAUAGGGUGAGUCUGCAAUAGAGGAAUCUCGGCUGUUAAAUGCAACAUUGUUGUUGCCAGAGAAGGCUGCAGGAUCUCCACCCACAGAGGAGGAACAACUCUCUAAUGGUCACAUUGCUGCACCAUCAUGGAGUCGAAGAGCAUCCUGGCAGAAGCAGACUCGACCUCCAUGCUAGCCCUCCCUCAGUCCAAUCCACAGUCAAGUGUGUCACAGACCUCACCAGCACUCUUGUCACCUGCACAUUCCCCUGCGAAUUUGUCACCAGCACAGUCUCCUUCUCAUUCUCCAUCUGCGAUACCUGUCUCAGGAUCUUCACCCACAGUUUUGUCACCUUCAGAGAGUCUUAGUGACCCUUCACAGCCAUCUACAUUACAACCUUCCUCAUUGUCUUCAUCAGUCAUUUCACCACCUGAGCAACCAUCUCCGGGGAGCAUCUGGGCAGAAUCAGUAUCUUUAUUACCAUAUGUACCAUUAUCACUGUCAUCUCCAAAUGAGCCACAGCCUCCAGCAACACAGUCAAAUAUAUCAUCUAGUAUAUCAUCAACCACCCCAGCCAAUCCACAGUCUCCCUUGGCUGUCUCAGUGGACCAAGACUCCUUUUACCUGAAUGCGCCACAUCCUGUAAAGUCAUGGCGCUAUGAUCCUCUAGCAUCCCCGGAUUGGGAUUGUGCAGGACCACCCGGAUUUCUUUGUGCUGGACGAGUUAAAAAAGACCUGAGCAGUAUCUACAGUGAGCCACUUCCGGGAAUUUUUGUUGUACCUGAUGAACAAAACCUCUUUAAAGUCAAUUGCCUCAUUAUUGGGCCAUUUGAUACACCAUAUGAAGGUGGAUUCUUCCACUUCCUCGUCCGUUUUGGUCCUCAGUAUCCUCUCCAUCCACCAAGAGUACGACUGCUGACAACAGGGGGUGAUACAGUCAGAUUUAACCCAAAUUUAUACAAGAAUGGCAAAGUUUGCUUAAGUAUUCUAGGAACGUGGGCUGGUCCAGCAUGGAGUCCAGCAUCCAACCUCUCCAGUGUCCUUUUGUCAUUACAAAGCCUGAUGAAUGAGAACCCUUAUCACAAUGAACCUGGAUUUGAAAAGGAGCGUAAGGCAGGAGACAGUGAGCGUUAUAACACCAUCAUAAUGCAUGAAACGAUUAGAGUUGCUGUUAUACAACAGUUUGAGGGUGUUAACAUGGUGCCAGCAGAUCUCAUGAGAGUUAUGGAAGCUUCAUUUCUGGAGUAUUAUGAUCAUUAUGUUGAAAUUUGUGAAAAAAAUAUGCAUCUAGAUGGACAAACCAUGGUGGAUCCCUUCCGGGAAUGGCGGGGCCACUUCCAGUAUGCAACCCUUCUGAAGAAUCUCAAGAGACUAAAAGUCAAAAUUGAGGCGAAGGUAGACAGUGAAGUACCUGAAAACCCCAUAACAGCAGAGAGUGAUGAUGUAUCUAGUAUAUCAGAAGGUGAGGACGAGUUACUUUUGUAUGAAGAGGAGUCUUCACCUGAGCUAGAAGGGGUGGAUUGAAGCUAGUAUUGUGAGUAAAGACAGGUCAGGUGCUAGCCAUGAAUGUUUAUGAAAAAUUAUUACAUUGUAUGUUACAAAAGAGCAUACCUAUCUUGUACAUAUUAAUUGCAACCAAAAUACAGGUGCAUAUGAUAAUAAUAAUAAAAAAAAAGAAGUGCUUCUUGAUAUCAUGUAUAAAUCUAAAAUUGUUACUAUCUUUGAUACUGUACAAUAAAUUAGAAGCGAAGUCUGGAAAUGAUCAUUCUGACUUUCUAAUGAAGGUCCAUAGUUGCAUAUUUUUUGAAGAGUGUGUUUCUUCAGAAAUUGGGGAAUAGAAACCUAUCUCAUAGAUCAGAGAUAUAUUCCACAGUAAAUGUUACUCAUAGAUACUGUAUAGCUUGUUAAAAUGAUAACCAGGUUGCAGUUUAAACUUUAGUUCCCUUAUUAUGCUUUACCAUUUUUGUUAAUCUUUGUUUUGAUAUUUGUAUACAGGCUAGAGUUAUAUACAAUAUGUACCUGCUUAUAAGCCACCCUUUGUCCUUAGCCACAGGAUGCAUCAUGUGUAAUGUACAAGGGUUGGUCAUUAUUUUAUGGUUUACCUGAAGUUGUAUGAUCUUUUAUCCCAAAAUGGAUAUACCUAUUAGUGUUUGUACCCAUGAUUUGGUUAGUUUUCCACAAAGAAAAUGCAAACAGAAACAUGAAGAAAUUUUAUACAGGUUCUCAGAAUUUUUCAAGGGUAAUGGAAAGAAAAAUUGUAAACCAUCAUAGUCUAUGGAAAAUAGGAAACAAGUUAUAGUUCAGUGCUCCAUGACACUGUUGUUGACACACUUUUGGAUUCAUAUGGUUCUGAAUAAGAUAAGCAUCAGUGUUUAUUAUUCACUUAGUAUUGUUUCUGAUUAUUCUUAGAGCUUCCAAAAUAAGUGAAAGACUAAUUUAUUAUUUGGGUGACGUAGGUGAUCAUCUAGUAGCAUUUGUGGUAUAUUAAGGUCCUCACUUUAUUUCUGAUUUCUUUGACUCUAUCAGAUGACCAUUUGGCAAAAUUGAUAUAUUAUUAAAAUUGUAGAUAUUACAAUAGGUUCGUUUUUAGUUGAGUUGAACCAAGCAAUUAACAAGAUGUGAUAUAUGCUGUUUGCAUGUUAGAUCUUACUUUCUUUUGCAAAAGUAGUAUAAUAAAAAAAAAAAAUAUAGGCAUUAUAUUAGUUUAGCUUUUAGUUAGGUUAACCCAACACUGUUGGGUAUAGGAAAUCUCUGAGUGUCAUAAACUCUGGUGAUUUCUGGCAACAUCCAGACACUGGGCGUGGGUGUCCGCUACAUGUAGCGGAACUUCCUACUCCAUGUGCUCUGGUGUGUUGCCACGUGUACAGCCGUACCUUGCAGACCAAGUGGUAUGUUAUGAUGCCUGUACCUGUGACCCACUGGGAAGGGGUUAAACAAAGCAGUUAACAAUAUGUGACAUAUGCUGUUUUCAUCUUAUGUUCUUCUUCAUUGAUAUUCACUUUUUACAUAUAUUUUAUCAAUCCUUUUCCAUUUCUCUAACAAAUGGUCUUUAAAAUGUACUUACAAUGUUGCUCAAAAUAUAGGGAAUUCAUUAUGGAUAGGUACCAUAAAUGACCUGCAUACAUUUUCCCUGAGGUAUAGUGGAAUUUCCCCUUGUGAUCUAUAGGUUAGAUAAUCAGUAUAAACAAAUAUCAGCAUCAUAAAAUGAGUCUGGUAUGUAAUGAAGAAUUAAUUUGAUGAUUAUGGUGACAAGAGGGUAGAAUGGUUGGUCUUGUUGUCUGACAGUUUCAAGAGUAUCUUUCAUAAGGUAAAACUUUCAUAAUUAUUUGUUAAUGUACAUCAUCAGCUCUCAUUAAAGAAAUCCAGAUGCAUGUACAAAAUAAUCCUGAAAGGUAUGUAUUGGUGUUCAUGCUCGCAAGAUCAUAUUUCCUGAAUUAUUGCUUGAUAUAUUAUACCCUCAAAAUGUAGAGACAGUCACCUGAUGAUGUAGUUACUAAUGUCACUAGUGAAAUAAUGAUUUUAUAGGCAGUAAUGAGUAACAAUGUGAGCUGGGUUGUUAGCUUAAUAUUUACUAGCCACUGAUGAGUCGGUGUAAAAAAAUAUUUUAUAUGAUGAUGGAAACCAUAACCACUUUUGCAUAUAUAUAUAUA